ACACACAGAGAGAGGGAAGGAGAGAAAGAGAAAGGAACAGGUAGAGAGAGAAAAAGAGAGAAACUAGGUGCUCUGUAGGAGAGGUUGUGAUUUGUCACAACAUUCCACAAAGGACAGUAGAUCUAUCCCAAACAUCAGAGAUACUUGUUUUCUUCAUUUUUGUGACAGUUUAUGAACGUAAUAGCAAUAUACACGUAUUUGAUGAAUCCAUGUUCCUGUUGCAUUCUACCUGUUUGUUAAGUGGAUUUCUCGAGUCCUCAAACACCAGCACUGACUGAGCCCAACUACUAGGACAAUUACUACAUUCUUUGAGAGCUUGGAGAACUAUCCAAGGACUACCAGGAACACUGUCAGCCCACCCUGACCAUCAGCCAUGUUUCAGAAGCAGAGGAAAAGCGUCAAAGCUGUGAGGAGCAACAAGACAGAGGCUAAAGAGAAGGUCCUUUGGAACAAAGCUCAGCAGACGAUAGCUCAGCGAUGUGGAGACCCGAAAGAGGGAGGGAAGGAGGAGAACGUCAAGGAGAACAAGGAGAACCAGCUGAGGUUUCGUGGGGAUGCGGUGGAGGACGUUGAAGAGGUGAAGCCGGAGAGGCAGAGUGUGUUCGAUAAAGCUGUCUAUGACCUGGCCCACACGGAGAGGGUGAUGAAUGACCUGACGUUCGGAAGGAGGGUAGCCUUCUACGAGCUGAGAGGGGAGAUCGGCUGUGGAAACUUCUCCCAGGUGAAACUGGGCUUUCAUGACCUAACUAAAGAGAGAGUGGCAGUUAAGAUCCUGGAUAAAGUCAAACUGGACAAGAGGUCCCACGUGCUGUUUGCCUCAGAGAUCGGGUGCAUGGAGAGGCUGUCCCACCCCAACAUAGUGCGUCUGUACGAGGUGGUGGAGACGUUUAAGCGGCUGUACCUAGUGAUGGAGUACGCCAGUGGAGGAGAUCUGUUCUCACGCAUUACCACCAGGGGUAGACUCUCAAACCUGGAAAGCAAACUCAUCUUUUCCCAAAUUCUGGCUGCAGUCAAACACAUGCAUGAUAACAACAUAGUCCACCGGGACCUGAAGGCAGAGAACGUUUUCUACACCACCACAUACUGCGUCAAGGUAGGCGACUUCGGCUUCAGCACCUCCUCGCGCCCCGAUGACGUCCUCACCAGCUUCUGCGGCUCCACGCCCUACGUCGCCCCAGAGCUCUUCAAGGACAAAGGCUACGUGGGCCAGUCCGCUGACGUCUGGGCCCUGGGUGUACUACUCUACUUCAUGACUACAGCCAUGUUACCCUUCAACGCUGCCAACCUCAGCCGGCUGAAGGUCUGCAUCCUUCAGGGCUCCUUCACCAUCCCAGCCUACGUGCCCGACCCCUGCCACCAGGUCAUCCAGGACAUCCUGAGGCCCGUGCCCGCCGACCGUCUCUCCGUGGCUCAUAUCAUGACCUACACCUGGCUGAAGGGCAUUGAUUACCCCCAGGCGUACCCCUCCUCCCACCCGACCCCAGCCCACCUGGUGGAGCCCUCCAGGGUCCUGGGUACAGAUGAGCUGGAUGUCAAGGCAGCUCUGGCGGACCUGGGGAUAACAGAGAGCCACCUGGUGAACAAUGCCUGCCAUGACUUGAGGAGCCCUGUGACGGGGGCCUAUAGGAUCCUGCUGCACCGUAUCCAUAAGAGGAAGAAAGUGGAGGCGGUGGGGUACAGCGCUGAGUGUCACAAAGACUUCCAGGUCAAGAGACGCUGGAGCGAGGGUACCUUACCUCUGUUGAGGCCUUCUGCUUUGUGUGUAAUCAUGUAGAGGGGAAGGAGUCUAGCAAAUCAGACAGUUAGGAGUCUAGCCUGUCAGACAGGGAGGAGUCUAGCCUGUCAGACAGGGAGGAGUCUAGCCAGUUAGACAAGGAGGAGUCUAGCUUGUCAGACGGGGAGAAGUCUAGCCUGUCAGACGGGGAGGAGUCUAGCCAGUCAGACAAGGAGGAUUCUAGCUUGUCAGACGGGGAGGAGUGUAGCCAGUCAGACGGGGAGGAGUCUAGCCUGACAGACGGGGAGGAGUCUAGCCAGUCAGACGGGGAGGAGUCUAGCCUGUCAGACGGGGAGGAGUCUAGCCAGUCAGACGGGGAGGAGUCUAGCCUGUCAGAUGGGGAGGAGUCUAGCCUGUCAGACGGGGAGGAGUCUAGGCCUCAUCAGACUCACUGCUAGGACAACUGUAUAAAUAUCUGUAUGUCUUAUGAUAAGGAGCGGCAUUCAGCAGAAGAAGGACCUUGAAGCGAAUGGCACUUUUAACAACACGAGACUAAAUCAAAUUAACGAUAAUGAGAUGUACAUAACAGUUUUUAUUGGGUUGUCUCUGGUAAUGUCUUGGAAGCUACUUUAACAACAUGAGGCUGUACAAUCACUAAUAUACUUGAGACUCAUUCAUGGAAGUUUUCUUUCUUCUGAGAAAGAAAGAGGACAUUGCAAUGACAAAGGAUUCUUUGCCUUCAAAAAAUAUUUCCAUGUUUUUAUAUUUGGAGUAUUGUGAUUUAGUUAAGUUUGACACAACCCACACGAAACAGUCAGUUGUAGGGUUACUUAUAUUGUGAAAGUUUUUUACUGUGUAAACUAAACAAUCAGACAGUAUUCUUAUCUAAUAUAUAUUUUUUGUCAUACAUCCUUGUUUUUCUCAUAUAAUCAAUUGUAUUAUAUAUUUUGUGAUUUGCAUCAUGUUUUUCACUGUCACUGUUACAUUAAAAUUGUUUUGU